UCCAAACUAUAUCUCGUCAUCGUCCUGUUUGUGCUUCUGACAGUGGCAUUCGUGGUUCAAACCGAGGCCACUUCUGAGCUCAACGAGUACCACUACCAGGAGCCGAUCCUCCUCCUACUCCUCACGCACGGCUCCUGGUGGGUCAUGUGGCUCCUCCAGCUCUUUGGGGUAGCGUGCUAUCGCGGCAUUUUCCGCAAGAACCACGGCAAUCACUAUCGGUCGCAAGGCUACCUUGACAUCGACCAACUGUUUGCCAGCCGCCCGGGAUUCAGAAAGGCGUUUGGCCAAAGUGUAGCGGCCCAGUACCUGGAUAUGUAUGCCAUCACCUGCUUACUUUAUGGCUCCUCUAAGAGUGCAAGCACGGUUCCCACAACCGCCUGGGGCUACUACACUUCUCCUCCCAUCCGCUACUUACUCAAGCGGGCCGCUGCCGUCACCUCUGUGUUGACGCUCGCUGGCUCAACCUGGUACAUUGCCAUUACCUUGACCUAUGCCUCUGACGUUACGGCCAUCUACAACUGCUCUACCUUCACCACCUACUUGUUCUCCAUCCCCAUUUUGCACGAAAGGUUUGAGGGUAGAAAGAUGGCUUCGGUCGUGGCUGCCGUGUUGGGGGUAGUCAUUGUGAGCUACUCCUCCUCUGCCGCACUGGAGGAGGAUUACCCGAACCGUGUCUGGGGAAACUUGAUCAUCUCCAUCGGCGCCGUCUUGUACGGGCUUUACGAAUGUCUUUAUGCCAAGUGGUUGGGUAUCCCUGCCCAUGCCAGCAAGCCAGUAAACCAUGUCACGCCGUACCAGAAGGCAACGUUCUCGAACUUUUGCACCUCCUUCCUUUCCUUGUGCACAUUAGCGAUUCUCAUCCCGGCGGUGAUUGUUAUGCACUUCACCGUCCUGCCGAUCAAGUUGCCUCCGAACCUCACGUGCUACGCGUUGAUUGCCGCCUCCAUUUGCGCCAACAUGACCUUUGUGGUGAUGUUCUUGGUGAUGCUCUCGCUAACCACCCCUACCAUCGCCAGUGUGGCGUCGCUCUCCACCAUCUGGUUUGUCGGUUUGGUCGACUGGCUCUUGGGGACCGAGACCACUGUUGGCGCGUGGAUCGGCUUUGCCGUCAUUAUGCUCGGCUUCCUAGGCAUGUGCUGGGGCUCCUGGAGCGAAAUCGGAGGUGAGGAUGAUGACGAG